AUGACUAUUCCCGACGAGGUUGAUAUCAUCGUUUGCGGUGGAGGCUCAUCAGGAUGUGUACCUGCAGGCCGUCUUGCCAACCUCGAUCACAAGCUCCAGGUCUUGUUGAUCGAAGCUGGUGAGAAUAACCUCAACAACCCAUGGGUCUAUAGGCCCGGUAUCUACCCUCGGAACAUGAAGCUUGAUUCCAAGACCGCUACCUUCUAUUACUCUCGCCCUUCAGAGUGGCUCGAUGGCAGGCGUGCUGUUGUACCCUGCGCCCACAUCCUUGGCGGUGGAUCCUCGAUCAACUUCAUGAUGUACACACGUGCUUCGGCAUCGGACUAUGACGACUUCAAGACCAAGGGCUGGAGUACCAAAGAGCUUAUUCCCCUGAUGAAGAAGCAUGAAACCUAUCAACGCGCUUGCAACAAUCGCGACAUCCACGGCUUCGACGGCCCGAUCAAGGUCUCCUUCGGCAACUACACAUACCCUAUCAUGCAAGACUUCUUGCGCGCAGCUGAGAGCCAAGGAUUCCCGGUUACGGACGACUUGCAAGAUCUGACCACCGGCCACGGUGCUGAGCACUGGCUGAAGUGGAUCAACCGUGACACAGGCCGCAGAUCUGAUGCUGCAUCCGCAUACAUCCAUGCCACCCGUGCCAAGCACCAAAACCUUCACCUCCAGUGCAACACCAAGGUCGACAGAGUCAUUAUCGAAGAUGGCGUCGCAACCGGCGUCGUCACCGUGCCCACAAAGCCUGUUGGAGGUUACGGGAACAUCCAGAAGCGUACCUUCAAGGCUAAGAAGCUCAUCAUCGUCAGUUGCGGUACUCUAUCAUCGCCCUUGGUCCUACAACGAUCCGGCAUUGGCGAUCCGGAGAAGCUCAAGGAAGUCGGCGUCAAGUGCGUUGUUGACCUUCCUGGCGUGGGUCUGAAUUUCCAGGACCACUACUUGCACUUUUCGACAUUCCGUGCGAAGCCGGAGACGGAGUCCUUUGAUGACUUUGUCCGAGGUGAUCCGGAGGUCCAGAAGAAGGUCUAUGAAGAAUGGAACCUCAAAGGCACAGGACCGUUGGCCACCAACGGCAUUGAAGCUGGUGUCAAGUCUCGGCCGACGCCGGAAGAGCUCGAGGAGAUGAAGAACUGGCCAACACCUGAUUUCGUUACCAAGGGUGGCUGGGACAGCUACUUCAAGAACAAGCCCGACAAGCCGGUCAUGCAUUACAGUGUGAUUGCUGGAUGGUUUGGCGACCACCUCGACAUGCCUGCUGGGAAGUUCUUCACCAUGUUCCACUUCCUUGAGUACCCCUUCUCCCGUGGCUUCACACAUAUCACUUCGCCGGACCCCUACGACAAUCCAGACUUUGAUGCUGGAUUCAUGAACGACAAACGUGACAUGGCGCCUAUGGUCUGGGGCUACAUCCAGUCACGCGAAACGGCAAGGCGCAUGCAAGCAUAUGCCGGUGAGGUCACUGCAAUGCAUCCGCAAUACGCGUACAGCUCAGCGGCACGUGCCAAGGACAUGGACCUUAGCACUCGCAACGCGUAUGGUGGACCCAAUCACAUCACGGCCAAUAUUCAGCACGGCAGCUGGACCAUUCCUGUCGAGUCUGGCCAGACAGUCAAGCCCAACAUCCUGAAUUCCAACUCUCAGGUCAUGUAUGAGCCACUCAAAUCACAUUUGAUACAUGCUGACACAUUCCAGGAUGUGGCCCACAUCGAGAAAUGGGUGCAACGACACUGCGAGACAACCUGGCACUCUCUCGGCACCUGCAGCAUGGCUCCAAGAGAUGGCAAUGAUAUUGUCAAGCAUGGCGUUUUGGACGAGAGACUCAAUGUCCACGGCGUCAAGAACCUCAAGGUCUCUGAUCUGUCUAUCUGCCCUGAUAACGUUGGUUGCAACACCUUCUCGACUGCUCUUCUCAUUGGAGAGAAGUGUUCCGUCCUCGCUGCGGAGGAUCUUGGCUACAGCGGCGACGCUCUCGAGAUGAGAGUGCCAACUUACAUGGCUCCUGGUGAAACUGUUGGCCUCAGCCGUCUGUAA